AUGUGGUCAUUGGGCGUGGCUGUAUGCAAUGGGGGCGCGGCUUUUUGCAAUAGUGGCGCGACAUUGAGAGCCAAUUUUUGCGCAUUUACUGGAUGAAAUGUAAUGGUUCUCCUUUUUAACAUCGCAACAUUUCAUCAUGCUUUGUGAACAUGUGCCAAGAGAGGCGGCGCCUGAGGCACUCGCCCUCUCUAUUGAUUACAACAUCACUCUGGCAUGGCGCACUGCUAGCGUGCGCCACGAAAUAAAGAUUCAAGCCGAGUCGCUUAACCUCGCAAAACAAAAUAACGCGGAAAUGAGGGGAACAUUUUUUCCCGCGUUACAGAAAACAUAGAGUUGAAUAGUGUUUUUCAAGGCCUCCUUGAACUUUUAUAGUAGUUUUAAUAUAGUCCAACGCACAAUGAACCUAUUGAAAAUGGAAUCGCUUUUGCCAAAAGAUUUAUCACACGAAAUGCCUUUUUUCAGGACAAUUCGUCGCGUGACGUCCUAAAAAUGUUUUGAAGGAAAAAACCCAUGACGGUUCCCUCAAAAAACGCAUUCUGAAUAUUCUGAAACGAAAAAAGAAUCAAUUAGCUUCGGCACAAAAAUGUAUAACUCAAAAAGUUAUUUUAGACAACAUAUGUUUUUGUAAAAACGUCGAAAAAAAAUUUUAAAAAAAAAAUCUCUAGGCGUUUAUCUUAAGAAACUCACUCUGAGCAUUUUAAAACAAAAACAUGAACCAAGUAGCUUCUGCAAAAAAAGUUAGAGGCUCGCCAAGGAUCACUUGGAGAGGACACUGAAGUGGCCACUAAACCCACCUCUAUAGUGGCCACUAUUUUCCGUUUUAGUGGCCACUUCAGUAGUUUUCCAUCCAGUAUUCCUUCCAGUAGCUCUGAUAAAACAAACAGAUUGGACCAGUCAUGUUGAUUCAUUCACCUCUACAGUGGCUACUAAUUUGACUACUACAGAGGCCACUAAAACGUCAAAACACUAUAGGGACCUCUUAAUAAUUUGCGAGUCAUUUUUUGAAUCAAUUCAAUACUGAUCUAUACUUGUUGAUUUUGUUGAUAUCAGAAUAUUAAUGAAUUUUAAAAAAGGAAAGAAUUUUACGUUAUGAAAAAUAAAAUGAAUGCGUCCAUAGUUCAGAAUGACGACCAUUUCGCAGACUUCUCUCGAGCCAAGCGCUCGUUUACUUUCAUUAUAAGCUCUUCUUGGUCAGUUUUUAAUUUUUUGUCUUGAAACCUCAUUUUCCGGCUCAGAAAUGACCAACGAGCACGACUACGAGGACUCGACCAGUGACUCGGGAAAGCAGUCUCAGCACCAAAAGCAGGUUUUUCAACACAGUCUUCAUGUGUUUUAUAGAAAUUUUUCAGAAAAAAACGGCGUCGAAUAGGAAAAAGGCGAAGCCGAGGAAGCGUACCGAAGAUGAGCGCAAAAUAUUGAAAGAGAAAAACAAGAUUAUGCUAGUGAGCAGCUUUUUUUUCGAUCAAUUAUGAUUGGUUGAUUUGAUUUUUUUUUGAUUUCGAAGCUCUCCCAAUUGCUCCCAUGUAACUUAACGGGAAAAAAGCGUACAUAACGGAAUAUUAAAGGCGCAUGUUAUAUGGGUCAUGAGACAAAUCGAUUUCGCAUUAAAAAACGCAAUUUUUCUGUUUCGUUUUUUUUUGAGUACCAGUAAUCUGAAAAAUCGUCGAUUUUCUUUACUUCAAUUUCAAGUUUAAGCCCAGAUUUUGAAUGUCAAGUCUUAGCUCAAGCUCCUCGCUGAAACUCCGCCCCUAUGCGUAGAUCAAACCAAUCAGAGAGGGACCAACAGCAGCGUUUUUGGGGGCGGAGUUUGCUGUUUGACAUUCCAAAUCUGAACUAUAUUACCAGUGAGAAAAGGUGGUAUGAAAAGCUGGAAAAUCGAAGUUCCGCUAGAUUUUGGCCCAAUUAUUAAUACAGUCUUUGUGCCACGACUUGAAAUUUCACGGAACGACAUUCCGCUGUUCCGCUGCGUGCGUUCGGGAAGCGUCUUUCGAAUCUAGGUCACGUUUUCCAUUUAUUGUUAUUACUGUGGGAGCACAUGAAAGUAGAGCACUUUGAUGAAAGAAAAAAAAAAUUCAAAAGCGCGACCAAGGUUCGCAGAGGCGCGCAGCGGACCAGCGGAAUGUCGUUUGAUGAACUUCAAAGUCGUGGUACACAGCCAAUUAAAAUAAUGCUUUUUUGCAGCUCUUAAGCAAGACAUUGCUGAAACAUCCGUGGUUCCACGGCCUAGUGAUAAGAGAUGAUAUCGAGGGUCUGAUUUUCCGAAAUCGUGCCUGGAUCGUCCGAAUGGGCAUUAAUCGCGGCCUCCGGGUUUUCACCCUAACGACUCGCGUCUCGGACAAAAUCAUCAACCUGCCCCUGACCUACAGAAAUGGCUGUUGGAGCCAGGAUUUCAGUGGGAGCAGAGUGGGGUUCCUUAGGAAACGGAAAAAAAUCAAUAAAUCCAGGCGGCCCGAGAACCGUUCGCCAAGCUCUACAUGCUGCUCGACAAGCUCUCCGAGUGCUCCAGGAUCGAAACUGUAGGAAUUUCCAAGGGUUCUGAGAAGUCGGAAUUUUUCAGCCGGUCCCACGGCCGCCAUACUCGCUGUUCCACAGCAAUGUUCAUUUGGAGAAGAAACGAGCAAGUGGGUGGAAAAUUUAGAAAAUAUUCGGGGUUUCCGUUUUGAUGUGAGAAAUUACAAUUUUCAGCUGUAACUUACCUAAAAAACAAGAAAAACAACAAAAAAAAUUUGGCACGAAAAUUGGAAUCUUAAAUACGCAGCCAAAGCGAUCGAACACACAAGUUAUUAACGUUGAAUACUCAGUGUAAUUUGUGACGUAAAAUGACGUCAUUUUAUCCGGAGCGCGCACUUACUUUUUCUUGUAAAUUCAGCGCCUCGCUCACCUUCCCACGGCGUUUUUGUUAAUGGAAGAAAAUGCGAAACCAAAAACUCGGUGGGCGGAGCCAAAAUAUCAAUUCCCACGUGACGUCAUAAGAACGGCAGAGCGUAAAUAACAGGGCAUAUUCUGCGCGAAAGCGGCGUAGUGCAUGCACACGACACACGACACUUUACGGUGAAGUGUGCGUGGCGUCGUCGAAAAAACUCCGUGUUCCCUCCUCAUUAGGACUGCCGUGCCAUUAUCGCAAGAACUUGUUAACCAGAGAGGGCGUUUUUUUUUGACCGUAUAUAUGUUCUUUCCAUAAACUGUAGUGUGUAGAGUGCAUGCAUUGCGGCGCUCUCGCACAUGCCGUGUACAAAGUUGGUUCGUCUCAGGACCCAUUAAAAAUGCGCCUUUAAUAUUCCCUUCUGUUUACGCUUGCUCCCCAUGGCGUCACAUGUCACUAGGUUCCCUUAAUGUAGAUUUCCACGUUGAUUACAAAUUUUUGCUCAGUUUUGAUGCAAAUUGAGGUUGUUACGUCGAUUUCAUAAUGAGAUUAGACCCGAAAAAUGAAAAUUUUUCAGCCGGGGAGUACGGCGAGAUUUACAACGCAAAGCUGACGCACUUCGGGAACACGCAUACGGUGGCGGUCCGUCGGCUGAGCGGCUGCAUUAACAGGGAAAUCGGCAUGGAAUAUCUGAGAGAGGCGGCCAUGAUGCGGGGCGUAACCCAUCGCAACGUGUUGCGCAUCUACGGAGUCGCCAACCUCGAAGAUCCCAUCAUGAUCGUCUAUGAAAUGGCCGCUGGCGGGAAUUUAAAGGUGAUUGGGAGCUCAUACGGGUUUACCCCGGGCACUACCGCAGAGGUCCCGUGUUAGCCCGGCUAGUUCAACCUUUUUGUAUAGAAAUUCUGAAACCCGGAGCCCUAGUUGUACUGAAAAGAAAUCUCAAAAGUCUACCAGCGGGGCUCAUACAGGUUUACCACGGGCACGCCCGCAGAGGUCCCGUGUUAGCCCGGCUAGUGCAACCUCUUUCUAUCAUAAUUCUUAGACCCGAGGAGUCAGUCGGGCUAUAAAGAAAUCUUAAAAGUUGUACCAGCUAGGUUCAUACGGGUUCAUCACGGGCACGCCCAAAAGGUCUCGUUGUAGCCCGGAUUAUUCAACCUGAGACUCUGGUUUCAGGUCUACUUCAAACGGCACCCACAAGCGACUCAAGAACAGCAAUUGAAAUUGGCAACCGAUGUUUGCCGCGGCAUGGCCUACCUUCAUAUGAAGAAGAUCGUCCAUCGGCAACUCUCGGCCCGAAGUUGCGUCCUCGGCACGAACCAGGACGUCAAGGUCACCAAUUUCGGCUUCGCCGUCCACAAACAGCCCGAGACCAAGGAGACCACCAUCAAUACGGCGCUGAUCAAGUGGCUCCCCAGGGAGACGGUCGUCAGGGUAAGAGACCAUGUCUUUUUUUCUUGA